AUGUGUCCAGGAAACCUGCUGCUCACGGAGAAGUCACCGGCCGAAGCUAUAAAAGCCACAUUCCGACUCUUCGACUCAGCACGCCAAUACGUAAGGACGAUAGCGGCUAAUCAGACAGGGCAGCCCAAUAUCAUCGGUGCCAUUGCCAGCUCAGACUUCUACGCACUGAAUCAGCUGAUUGGCACCAAGCUGGCCGAGUACCUGCCGGACCACAUCGGCCUUGACCAUUUUGCGAACAACUACACACAGGCGGUGCUGCCGGGCCUGACAACAGCGUUGACAGGCAUCAACUAUGCGCCCUGCCUCUUUUCCACGGGCGCGGUUGGGGCCAUCGGAGGCGUCACCGGCAUCGGGAUCAGCCCCAAGAUCUUCAACUAUGGUGCCUCGGGAGGGGCGGUGAUUGCUCAGGGCGUGGCUGUCAGCCCAUCCCUGCUCUACAUCAGCCAGUCCGGCUCGGCCGGCAUUGCCAUCGGCGCCAACGUGUCCCCGUCGCUCAUUACCGUGGGACCGACAAGGUACAUACGAGCGCGCGUGGGCGUAGCCGCCGGCAAGUCCGCGCUCAGCGUCAGCUUUGCAGGGGCACCGGGGCCGGCCCCGGCUCCCGGGCCGGGGGCCGCGCCGGCCGCCGCACCAGCCACCGCCCCCGCGCCUGGGGCCGGCAGGGGACCCUAA